AAACACCUACUGAGUAAUUUAGGGAAACUUAAAUUAGUUAAAAGAAUCUUUACAAAAUGAAUAGAGGCAUAUAACAGCUCUGGAGCAUUCUGACGUAACUCCGAGGCGAUGUGCUAUAUUUUAGAGGGUCCAAAAUUGUAAGGCUGAAGAACCAUGUGUCUAUACGACGUCGGUUCCGUUAGCCCAUACUAAACGACGACGGUGUGAUCAUAAACUCUUUAUUCUUGUUCAGUUCUUGAGGGUUCUGCAACGGAAAGUGUAAUGGAAAUGGCGUCAUCGAGUGGGGCAACGGAGAGAAGGGGAAUACCAGGAGCAUCAUUUGUAGAAGAUGUUCAGUCUUACCUCAAUCAGUCUUCUCUCGAUGUCAACUCUGCUCUUUCCUUUCUCCAAGAAAGACUUCAGCAGUACAGAGUGGUUGAAAUGAAACUUCUAGCUCAGCAGAGGGAUCUUCAGGCAAAGAUUCCUGAUAUACAGAAAUGCUUGGCCAUAGUUGCUACUUUGCAAGCUAAGAAGGACAGUGGUGAGUUGGACAUUUUCAGUUUGGAAGAUAACAAGAGAGACUCUUUAAUCUGGGCAGCAAACAAUGAUGGUAUCUUCACAGUUAGUAGUUGUUACAAUCUGCUUCAAAACAGCAAGGCUCUAUCAAUCAGAUUGGCCAUGGAAAGCAAUAUGGAAAUCAAGAGCACCUAUUAUAGUAGCCUUUUGGUUGGAUUGCAGCAAGGGAAGCUUGUUUAACUCGGGAGAUCUUGCAGAAGAGAGGAGUUGUUCUUAGUAAUAGGUGUUGCAUGUGUGAAGAAGAGGCAGAAACAGUGAAUUCAUUCAUUGCAAAGUGGCAAGACAGUGCUAGGGGCUCUUUCUAAAUUUACAUGGUGUCAAGUGGGCAGUCUUCCAGUGUGAAGAGUUUGUUGGAAUCAUGGCAACAUCAAAGGAUGGGUAAAUCUCAUAAGUUAGUUUGGAGAAAUUUCCUCUAUGUGUGUGUUCUAGAUGAUAUGGUUGGAAAGGAACAGGAUUUGCUGUGAAGAAAAAAGGCAGCACAUGUCCAGGAUAAAAAUAGAUGGUUAUUAAAUUUUUAUUUUUGGUGUAAAUGACAAGUAAUGGAAAAUAUGGAGCAAUAUAUCGAUUUCCAAGAGGAGAUCGGGGGUUCGUAGCUGCCCUGUUAUGGCAGGGACUGUUUCUGUUGUAAUUCUGUACCAUCUUGGUAUCUUUUAAUAAACUUUACCUUAUUUUUUUUU